GUGACUGCCACCAUAAGGAUAACUCUUCUGUCCUACUUUUUUUUAGGCUCAUCAAUGUACACUAUAAACAGUUUAUGGGAUCAAAAUUGGAACCAUCAUUGUGCAUAGACCUAUUUUCGUCUUACUUCCCAUUUCAAAAUGGAAUUUAUAAGCUAUAGGCAUUGAAAAAGAUUUUCAGUUUUAAAAAAUAUAUUUAUAAUGAUGUUCCUAGUGGUUAAUAUCAACUAGUGACUAAGAUGAAAAAAAUCGGUCCAAGUGAAGUAAGACUUAUUUAUGUUAUCCACUACUCAUGAGUAACAUUUUUACACUUGUAUUUCAGGUGUAUUUAUAUUAUUCGAAAGUGGAUCCAACUAUACGGGAAAGAUAGUUAAAAUCCCACAUUCAUUUCAUGUUGUUUUCAACUUGCCAAUAUAUAAUAUCAACAUUUUAGUAACAUGUACAAACUCAGGAUGAAGAAAUAUUUCCGAACAUUCCCAUUUCUUCGCUUAUUUUUAGUAAUUAAUUCUAUCUCCUUUUUGAUUUAUUUUCUUUUGCUUUUAAUUAAUAAUUAUCGUUUUCCUAAUUCAAAUUAUCAUGCCUCUGUUAUCCGUGAUCAUGACGAGACUCGUUUAGCUCAUCUACGCUCAUUAAUCUACGAUUGGUACACUUCAGGGAAACUUCCUUUUUCCUAUAGAUCACCAUCAUUAUCGCUUUCAUCUUCUUCGUCAUCGUCUAUGACUGACAAAUACGGUAUCAUCAUAGGUAUACUGUUAUCAAAUCAUCCUGAAUACAAAAUUGAUGACUAUCAAACUUACUAUUUGACCGAGUCUCUGGCAACAUUAAUUCAGCUAAUAUUUCAAGAUAUUUCAAAGUAUGGUUAUCGAUUUAAAUCAAUCAGUAUAAUUAUAUGUUCUGGUGGAAGUAAUCAAACUAUUAGUAAGAAUAUUCCAAGUUCCAAUGAAAUUGUACGCCUUGUUGGAAAAAAUUCAAUCCGUCCACUUUCAACAGAUAGAGAUCAGUCUUUGUUGAAUUUAUCUCUCAGUUGUUUAGUUGUUAAGGCUACUUCAAAGUGUAUGCUAGAAGCAUUCAAGUUGACGAAAGCGCAAGAAAAUGAUUAUAUUCUCAUUAUGCGAGAUGAUAUGAUUCCAAGAGAUAACUUAUUUGAUGUAUUAUGGAAGAUAUUGUACCAACCUGUAAACAGUCAUACACUUGGCAUGAUUCAGUUGUAUUCACGUGAUAAUGUGCUGAAAUUUCCAUUUCAUCAUGGUACUGAUAGAAAGAUUUUUGAAUUAUCAUUCAGUCUUAUUUCAUUGAGUGUAAUAGUUGUACUCUUUACUUUUACACGCUUCACUGCUAGACCAUUCAUUGCAGCGUAUAAUGUGGUUUUAUUUCUUUGCACUUUCAUAACACUAUUCAUGUUGAUGUUUAUGUAUGGGGUGAGUAAUCUGUCGAUCCGAUUACGCAACCUACUAAUUGUUCAUCAUAAAGUUUCUCACCUCACAGGUCAACCAUAUUAUGCACAAUCCGAUAUGACUAUGGCUAGCUUGUAUCCAGCUGAACAGGUGAAACAUAUCGGUUACUACCUGAAUUCAGCUGCGCCAUGUAAUCAUUUUUUGCAUGAGCUGAAACAAGAUGAAUCAAAAACCUCCCAAUUGAUUACAUCAUAUCUUGUGUCGAAUUUUAAACAAAUAUUUAGUGUUUACUUAAAUGUCUUCAAACAUGUUGGAUUGUAUUCAUAUGAAGAAAAUCGAAUGUUGGAUCCAGGAGAUGUUGAGGAGUAA